AGAAGCCUUUCAUCGCACUUCCUUAAAAAUCUACUCUUUUACUAAGGGGAAAAAUUUGGAUUUUCUCUCUCUCUAGACUUUACUUUCUCUCUCUAUAUCUAUUCCCUGUAUCUAUACAUCGAACCUCCACGCUCUCGUCUCCUCUUUCUUCCCCGCCUACGAUUUCGCCAUCUACAUUUCUAAUUCAAUCCCUAAAUCUCUCCAACACUUGCCCUUGUAUUCAAAUCUUCCAAUCUUCCCAUCUCUCUCUUUCCUCUCCAAAGUUUCAAUCUUUUUCCUCUUUCCGCUCGGAAAAACCCUAGUUUUUACUCUCUGCUUCAAACCCUCAUUCUGCACCACCCUACGGGGAUUAGGGGCACUGUUUAAAUCUUUAUUAGAUGAAUCCCAAGUCAUUGACUUGCUGAUUCUGUAAAAUUUAGGUUGUAUUUUUUUCCAGCUUGACUGCACACUUCCUCCUGUGGUCCAAUGUUGGUGGCAGUAUGCAGAUAAUAGUUUGGAGAGAUGCAAAGGUAUCAUGCUGGCAGCUGCACUAGUGCAGUAAGUAAUAACACAUUUGGUGGGGCAUCAGGCAGGGAUACAUCUAGAGCUGACGCCACCACAAUACCAACAAACUUCUCCAGAAGAUCAUUGCAACUAACAUCAUACAAAUUGAAGUGUGAUAAGGAACCUCUAAAUUCUAGACUUGGGCCACCUGACUAUCAUCCGCAGACGCUUAAUUGCCCUGAAGAGACACUCAACCGAGAUUAUGUGCAAUCUGGUUACAGGGAGACAGUUGACGGGCUUGAGGAAGCUAGAGAAAUUUCAUUAUCACAGGUUCCGGCCUUUUCAAAGCCUGUCAUAAUUAAAUGUAAAGAGGCAAUCAGAAAAUGCCACAGAACAAUCAAUGAGUCUCGGGCUAAAAAACGGAAGGCUGGGCAAGUAUAUGGAGUACCGCUUGAAGGUUCACAACUGGCUAAGAUUGGGAUCUUUCCUGAUCAAAGGCCAUGUGGGGAAGAGCCCAGAAAGAGAUGGAUUGAGGGUUUAUCCCAACAACACAAAAGACUGCGGUUAUUGGCAGAUCAUGUACCUCAUGGUUACAGGAAACGAUGGCUUUUUGAAGUUCUUAUCAGGAAUAAUGUUCCAUUGUUACGGGCAACUUGGUUCAUAAAAGUAACUUAUCUUAAUCAGGUUCGUCCUGUAUCCUCUGGUUUAUCCUCAGGGGUGCCUGACAGAACAAACUUUUCGCGCUCAGAGCAGUGGACAAAAGAUGUUAUUGAUUAUAUGCAGUGUCUCUUGGAUGAAUUUGUUUCAAGAAGCAGCAGUCAUUCUUCUGUAAAUAUCAGAGAUCGGUCACCGCAAAUGGUUUAUGCAGGAUCAAUACAGAUAAAAAAUGACCCAGCUUCUACAAGUGCUGAUGUUGGGGAGCCUUCACUGCAUUUUAAAUGGUGGUAUGUUGUGCGUAUUCUACAAUGGCACCAUGCAGAAGGAUUGCUUUUUCCUUCUCAUGUUAUUGAUUGGGUUCUCAACCAACUACAGGAUAAAGAGGUGCUUGGGCUUCUGCAGUUGUUACUACCUGUGAUUUAUGGGUUCAUAGAAACUGUUGUCUUAUCCCAAACAUAUGUACGUGCAAUGGUGCGAAUAGCUAUUCAUUUUAUCCAAGAAACUUCUCCUGGUGGUUCUGACCUUGUUGACAAUUCACGUCUGGCAUAUACAAUGUCUGCACUUGUUGAGAUGCUUCGCUAUUUGAUACUUGCUGUGCCUGAUACGUUUGUUGGUCUAGAUUGUUUUCCUUUGCCUCCUUGUGUGGCAAAUAUAGUUACUGAUGGAGGUCUCUUCUCAAAGGUCUCUGAAGAUGCUAGAAAGGUGAAAAAUGGUCCUCUUGAAGUUGCUGGAGUGCUUAGAGACAGAGUUCCUGAGGUUCGCUCCGAGUCUUUGUCUAUUGAUCGUGUUGUUUCUUCAAUUAAGAAACGUGCAGAUAGUCUUGCAAAAGCUUCAAGACCUGACCAUCCAGGUCAAAAUGCUGCCAAAGCUUUACAUGCGCUGGACAAAUCUCUUGUAAAUGGUGACUUGCGAAUAGCAUAUAAGAUUCUGUUUGAAAAUCAUUGUGACGGUGUUGUUGAUGAAAGCUGGAUUACAGAAGUUAGCUCUUGUUUGUUUUCAUCCCUUAAACAUAUUGGGACAAUGAAUCUCUUGUUUAUCUGCUCUGUAUUCUUCAUUUGUGAGUGGGCAACAUGUGAUUUCAGGGACUUCCGCUUUAGUCCACCUCGUGGAUUUAAAUUCACUGGUAGAAAAGAUUUUUCUCAGAUAUACAUUGCAAUACGGCUUCUGAAGCUGAAGAUGAGAGAGAUGCAAAGUUCAAGCCAUUUCAAGAAUGAAAACAUUGUAAAAAUUGAGAAUGUUGGAAAAGAUCCUAGUCAGCAAAAUAACUUCUGCAGAAGUUUUGGUUAUGGGGUUGGUGAGUCUUUUUACAACUCAAAGACUGGGGUUGGUAAAAGCAAGGAUUUUCUAAGUUUGUUUGACAGUCCAGGCCCUUUGCAUGAUGUUAUUGUUUGUUGGAUAGAUCAACAUGAAGUGCUGAAUGGUGAAGGGUUGAAGCGCCUUCAAUUACUUAUUGCAGAACUUAUUAGGGCUGGACUUUUUUAUCCUCAAGCCUAUGUUAGACAGCUGAUUGUUAGUGGAGUCAUGGAUGUGAAGGUGCCUCUUGUUGACCCAGCAAAACGGAAUAGACAUUGUAAAAUCUUGAAGCAGAUGUCUGGCUCUCAUGUCUAUGAUGCUCUAUUAGAGGCUCAAAUUGCUGAACCCCGGAUACUUUCAGAUUUGAUGAACGUUUAUUCCAGUGAACGUCGUUUGGUGCUUCAUGGGAUGGUUGACCACUAUAAAAGUCCUAGUGGAGCAAGUGGUUCACGCAUGAAACAUAAACAAGUUCUUGACUCAGGAGGUGAGAAUGCUUCCCCACCCUUUGUUGAUCCGUGUAGAUCUGUUCAGUCAGCACCAAGUGCUCCAUCCAAAAAUAUGCACAAAUUUGUUGAAGUUGAAGAGCUUAAGGCUUCUGUUUGUGUGUUGUUGCAAUUUCCUAGUUCAUUGUUAACUGAAACAGGACUCCAUGAGUCUCAGAAAAAUGUUAAGAAGCAUAUUGUGUCAUCUACGAACAGUACGGAUAUAACUGAAGGAACACCCGGAUGUGAAGAGUGUAGAAAAGCAAAAAGACAAAAGUUAAGUGAAGAGAAGAGCUCACAUGUGAUUUAUCCACAAAAUCCAUCAGACGAUGAAGAUAGUUGGUGGGUGGGAAGGGGCCAUAAGUCUGUUGAGUCAUUUAAAGUAGAUCCACCUCCUAAGCCAAGCAAGCAACCCUCCAGGGGUCGGCAAAAGAUUGUCCGGAAAACUCAAAGUCUCAAUCAACUAGCUUCUUCUGCCAGGAUUGAAGGCAGUCAGGGAGCAUCAACAAGCCAUGUUUGUGAUAGUAGAGUGAGCUGUCCGCAUCAUAGAUCUGGCCUUGAAGGUGACCCUUCCAAGGCAGGAGAUGGAACUAAACCGCAAAGAUUUGGAGACAUUGUUUCAAUUGGGAAACUAUUAAAGAAGCAGAGAGUUGUGGAAAAAAGAACGAUGACCGUGUGGUUAAUAGGUGUUGUAAAGAAGUUCAUUGAAGAAGCUGAGAAGACUCUAGCCAAGGUUGGACAGUAUGGUAGACCAUUCUCGACUGCGGAUGACCAAGGUGGUAUACAAUGGAAGCUUGGCGAAGAGGAGUUAUCUAUGAUGUUGUAUCUGAUGGAUGCUUGUAAUGAAUUGGUUUUAGCAGUCAGGUUUCUUUUGUGGUUGUUACCGAAGGUGCAUGGUGCUGCUACUGCAACAAUCCAUGGUAGUAGGAGUGUACUGGUGAUCCCGAGGAAUGCAGAUAACAAUGUGUGUGAAGUUGGCGAAUCAUAUGUCUUGUCAUCCAUUCAGAGGUAUGAAAAUGUCCUUGUUGCUGCAGAUCUUAUUCCGGAAGCAUUGUCUGCAGUAAUGCAUCGUUGUGCCGCCAUUGUGGCAUCAAAUGGAAGAGUUUCAACCUCACCUUCCUUGGGUUAUGCUAGGUACCUCUUGAAGAAAUAUGGCAGUGUGGCCAGUGUUGUUGAAUGGCAAAAGAACUUCAAAUCAACACAUGAUAAGAGACUGACUUCUGAACUUGAAUCUGGAAGACUUUUAGAUGGUGAGUUUGGAUUUCCGCUUGGGGUACCAGCAGGGGUGGAGGAUUUAGAUGAUUUCUUUCGCCAAAAGAUAAGUGGAGUUCGUGUAUCAAGGGUAGCCUUGACCAUGAGAGACAUAGUACAAAGAAAAGUAGAUGAAGCUUUUCAAAUUUUUUAUGGCAAAGAGAAAAAGCAUUUGGGUGGUGUGAGCAUAGUUAGAAACCCUUUAUCUGAAAACUGGGAUGAUGGGUAUCAGAUAGGUCAACAAGUGGUAAUGGGAUUAUUAGAUUGCAUGAGGCAGACCGGUGGUGCAGCUCAGGAAGGUGAUCCUACUUUGGUCUCAUCUGCUAUAUCUGCAAUUGUUUGUAAUGCUGGACAGGUAAUUGCAAAAAUUCCUGAUCUAGCUUCUUGUAAUAAUCAUCUGAACUCCUUGGUCACUUCCGAUCCAUUACAAAUUGCACGGCGUAUCUUGCGAGUACAUUUAACCUGCCUUUGCCUACUAAAGGAAGCACUCGGAGAGCGUCAAAGUCGUGUCUUUGAAGUUGCUCUUGCAAUAGAAGCUUCUUCUGCUGUGGCACAAAAUUUUACUCCUGGAAGAGCUCCUCGUUCUCAGUUUCAGCUGUCUCCUGAAUCCCAUGAUCUCACUGUUAAAUUCGGUGCUGCUGUUUCUGCUCUUGUUAUUGGAGCAAUACUUCAGGGAAUCGUGAACCUUGAGAGGAUGGUUUCCCUCUUCAAAUUAAAGGAAGGUCUGGAUGUUAUUCAUUUUAUAAGGAGCGUGAGGUCUAAUUCAAAUGGGAAUGCACGCUCAGUUGGGGCUUUCAAGGGUGAUAGUUCAGUUGAAGUUUCUGUCCACUGGUUUAGGGUUCUUGUUGGGAAUUGUCGGACAGUUACUGAUGGAUUCAUUGGCGAUUUACUGGGAGAUGCUUCUAUUAUAGCUCUAUCAAGAAUGCAACGAACAUUGCCUUUGAGCUUAAUUUUUCCUCCUGCCUAUUCGAUGUUUGCAUUUGUACUCUGGAGGCCAUUCAUUCUUAGUUCCAGCCUCGGAGCUCGUGAUGAUAUCCAACAACUGUAUCAGUCUUUACUGUUGGCCCUCGGUGAUGCCUUGAGGCAUCUUCCCUUCCGUGAAGUAUGUCUGAGAGACACUCAUGGCUUGUAUGAUCUUAUCGCUGCAGACACAGUUGAUACCGAAUUUGCAUCCUUUCUAGAAUCAAGCGGUUCAGAUAUGCGUCUCAGGGCUUCUGCCUUUCUUCCUCUUCGUGCGAGAUUGUUUCUAAAUGCACUUUUAGAUUGUAAACUGCCACCGUCAAUAGGUCAACAGGAGGAUGUUAAUAGGAUUUCGGUACAAGGUGAUUUGAAAGUGCAUUAUUCGGAGAAGGCAAAGCUUGUACAUAUUUUGGAUACCUUGCAGCCUGCGAGGUUUCAUUGGCAAUGGUUGGAGAUUCGACUGCUUUUUAAUGAACAAGCUGUGAUUGAAAAAUUGGAUCGGCAUGAUACUUCUUUGGUCGAGGCUUUGAGGUCUCUCUCACCGAAUUCUGAUAAAGCUGCUGCUUCUGAUAACGAGGGCAACUUGAUUGAAAUAAUUCUUACUAGGUUACUUGUCAGACCCGAUGCGGCUGCUCUCUUUUCCGAGGUUGUACAUCUUUUAGGACGGUCGCUUCAGGAUGCAAUGCUAAAGCAAGCUAAAUGGUAUUUAGAAGCCCACGAUGUUCUUUCCGGGAGAAAAUCUGUCCACCAGAAGCUUUUUAGUGUUGCGGUGACUAAAGGUCUGUCAACGAAGCCUCAAUAUCGGAGGCCGUGGGGAUGGUGUGCCCCCGAUGUUUCUUCUCUUGAAGAAGGAGAAGUAGUUGAUGAGGUGAUGGCCUCAAAGCGGUCUGGUAGAGGGUCCGGUCAUUUUCAGGAUGUUGAUGGCUUCCCCGUUGCUCACCAGCAUAAAACUCAGAGAGCUUUUGUUGAAUUAGUUCUUCCUUGUGUGGAUCAGGCUUCUGAUGACACUCGGAACAGGUUUGCUGCUGAUAUGAUCAAGCUCAUUAACGCCAUCGAGCAGCAAAUAAACACCGUUACUCGUGAAGCGAGCAAGCCAGCUGGAGCUGAUAGUCCAACAACGAAAGUGAGUAGUCGCAAGGGUUCUCGAGUUGGCAGUCCUGGAUUAACGAGACGGACAACUGGACCAACUGAAACUGUACCACCUUCCCCCGUGGCAUUGCGAGCGUCCAUUUCAUUGAGGUUGCAGCUCAUCCUGAGAGUACUCCCUAUAAUAUGUGCAGACGGAGAACUGUCGGGGCGGAAUAUGAGAUACACGCUUGCUUCAGCAAUAAUGCGUUUGCUUGGAAGUAGGGUUGUAUAUGCUGAUGCUGGCCACUGCUUGAACUCCACGUUUAGUUCGAAAAGAGAGGCAGAUUCGUUUAUGGAGGUUAGUGGUACCACUUCGGAAGUUGUAAUGGGGGGAAGCCUCUUCGAUUGUUUGUUAUUGGUGCUACAUGCGUUGCUGAGUAGCCACCAACCGAGUUGGCUGAAGAUGAAAUCGAGCUCGAAGUCAGCCAGCGAAAGUAGCAAGGACCACACCGCCUUUGAUCGUGAAGUUGCAGAGUCUCUCCAGAACGAUCUGGAUCAGAUGCAAUUGCCCGAUGUAAUUCGUUGGCGCAUCCAAACUGCGAUGCCGGUUCUAUUCCCUUCGGUUCAGUGUUCGAUUUCUUCUCAGCCUCCAUCCGUAUCGCCUGCUGCUCUUGCAUCUCUUCUACCUAGCAACCCGAUAUCUGUAUUACAAUCCGGUGUGACAAACUCGAGCCAGAGGAAUCCUACUUCUUUACUUAGGGCAGCCACUAAUUCGGCCGGGAAGACCAAGCAAUCACCGCUGCCGCCUCCACCGCAAGACCAGGAUCUCGAAUUCGACCCGUGGAUUCUUUUGGAAGACGGGGCAGGGUCAAGCCAGUCAUCGAGCAGCUCUACCAUAGGCGGGAGCGAUCAUUCCAAUCUGAAGGCCGCUGGCUGGCUCAAGGGCAGCGUACGGGUGAGGAGGACCGAUCUCACUUACGUAGGUGCAAUUGACGACGAUAGCUGAUUUCAAGUAAACAAAAUCCAUUUUCCUGUCUCCCAAGAACGAACGCCCCACUUCCCCGCCAAGUACCCAUCAUCCUAUUCUAUCCGCCUUUUUCGCCGGGAAGCGCCAUUUCCGGGGGGCCUCCGCUUCGCCUUUAAGACGUGCACCGAGCUGCCAUGACCGACAUUCUUCUGCAAGAGCACAGAACUAGAACUACUACUCCAUGGCCCUGCCCCAACUACUAACCCUUUUGAUUAUGGCCAUUUUCCGGGCUGUGUAAUUCUUUCGAAGCAGGUUCGUAGGUUUGUUGUACAUAUUAAAAACAUUAUUGUUUCCCUUUCUGUUUUUGUUGUUUUGAUGAUCUGAACACCUGAUUAAAGUACCCCACCCCAGGAAUGAUCUGUAGCUGUUUAAUGCUCAGCAAUAUCAUCUCAUGUUUCUCCAA